UCUUUAAAUUCACCAGUGCAGUACGAGUUUUUCCUGUUUUCUUAAAAAGGAAAAAAAAGAAUAUAUAGGCCACAGAAACAAAGGGCGAGGCACAAAGUGGGUGAUAGCCAUAGGCGUUGCUGUUAUAAGUGGGUGUGAGUGGGUUGGGUGAUGGACGACAAGUGGAAGGUGUCAAAGAAGGAGAGAGGUCAGAGUUCAAGCAGCCAAGCGUGGAACUGUAAUGAGGGCAACCCAUUAUUCGCGAGGAGUGCCUCCACCUCUAACUCUCCCCUGCUCAGAAGCCUCUCUCACAAGACUCCUUCGUCCUCCUCAAACUCCAAGUCCAGUCUCCCCAGGAGCUUCUCCCAAAAGAACUCCUCCUCUAUAGGCAAAAAAUGCACCGAUCUAGCCAAGGAACACAAAGCCAGGUUUUACAUCAUUAGGCGCUGUGUUGCCAUGUUAGUCUGCUGGCACAAGCAUAGAGAUUAAUUCUUGAAGCGAGUAUAUAUCAGAACGGGACAUCCUCACAUUUUGUGGCUUUAACUCAUAUAGAUCCACCCUUUUUUCUUUCUCAUUUUCAAUAUAGAUUCCAUUGUAAUGACGGCUGAGUUGAGUUGAAGGUUUUACUUACACUGCACAUUGAUUUAUUGCCAUACCUCUCCUUUCUCAUCAUGUGUCAAUAUCCCGUGUCUGACUCUGUGAUUCUGUGUUUUGCCCCCACUUUCUCUCAGUCUCUCUCUAUGUUUUGGUUCAGAAGGCGAGGUCUUUCUUUUUGGCGGAGGAGAGGUAGAUUCUCUUCAACUUCUGGAGGAUUUUGGACACGCCAAAUAUAAUAAAAUAGUAUUCAGAUCUGCCUAGGAAAUGCAAGCCACAUUCCUUGCUUUUCCCACACAUCGGAACGACGCGUUGGGUCCAAAAAGUCACCACGUCGACUUACUUACAUGACUUCGUUCAUACUUUCGUUCUUUCCCCUGCCUUCUACGAUACCCUCAAGGGGGGUUUUGCAAUUUGAAGCAACAUCACCUCAUAGCCAUUCAUUUUUGAAGUUCGUGGGAAUAUGAUCAUCGAUUGGAAAUCAAGAUUUCCUUUUCUCUUCUUACUAACUGGUCCAUGCUUUUCUCGCGAAAUCGCUUUGAUCAGGCGUUACAAUUUAACUAUAGCAAGACCCAGCUGAAAAAAAUGCAAAUUCACUGAUUAAGUUGAUCUUUUGGUCACAUAGAAGCUCCAUGACAGAGAAAGAAGGAAUGAAGAGAAAGCGAAUGCAGCUGUCCCUUCAUCGCUCACGUUUACGGUUUACAUGGAAAUAAAUUGAAUCAUGAUGAAAGAAUAUAUGAAACUCUUCCCCUAUACAAUGGGGUUGGGGAGUCAGCGAGAUGAUAACAUGUCAAGAGUGCUUAUUUCGAUGGAAGAGUCAAGGAAGACCAACCUGCUGAACGGAUACCUCGCGGCUCGAGUAUCUCUCUUUUUUGGGUCACAGAUGCAGAUGCAGAUACAGAAGGCUUGAGUAUUUUACUGUAUUUAUUAGAAUCGGAAUUGGAUUUAUAAUGGUCAAAAGUCGAAAAGCUAACUCAAUAUUUGUACGGGAAUUGUAAUUUUUA